AUGAUCUCAACUCUCAACUUCGGGCAAUCGCCUUCGGUAGCGCAAGCUCGCCUGAGCAUCAGCUCAUCUCCCCAGCCUUCCAUGUCGUCCAGCAGCGAGUCUCCGGCGAACACACCAACGUUCGACUCGAAUGGCGUCUCCAACGCAGACUCUCUUUCCGAUGGUCGUAUAGGUUCAAGAGACGGAUCCGACGACAUUGUGCCAAAGAUCGAAGAGACAGAACUCAACCUGUCGGACGUCAAGCCCGAGCCCGCUACGGAUGACACUCCCAUAUCGCCAACCGAACCGGUACGACUUAGACGCGCUAGAGGCCGACCGCGCAUUCAUCCUCCUCGCUCCCCCACCGCCGCAUCGAAACAAGCGAAAGCACGCUCAAAAACGGGCUGUACAACAUGUCGCAAGCGAAAGAAGAAGUGCGACGAGACGAAGCCGUUUUGUCUGUCGUGUCAGAAGAACAAUAUACACUGUGAAGGCUACAAGCCUGUGGAAAUAUGGAAGAGUGGUAAGGAACGGGCAGCAGAAGCGCGCCGAAUGAGUGUUGAGGUCAAAUUCGAACUUCCGCCGCUCAUGGGAGGAGUGGAGACGGAUGUUGACCGUACGCUGCUGCAGCAUUUCGUCAGCAGAGCUAGCGCUGUCCUUAGCCUACACGGCGACCAAAGCACGAACCCCUUCACAAGGAUACUACUACCCAUGGCCCUGCAACAUGAGGGUUUGAUGCACUCGGUGCUGUGCCUGUCGGCAUCGCAUCUCUGUUCUAUAACGCCUUCCAAGGACUAUGAGGACAGACAGGUGUUCCACCGGGGCAAAGCUCUACACUUACUGAAUCAGGAUCUGCACCGCCAACAGGCCGGCGAGGGUGGCACCAUGGUCUACGAAGACUCUAACGUUGCUCAAAUAUUGCUCCAUCUGUUGCACGCAAUUUGCGACGGCAACACCUCGGGCGAGUACCGAAUGCACAUGUUUGCCGCCAAGCAAAUCGCCAUGAAUCAAAAACUCCAGAACCCAGAAUUCCAGUCUCUUUUCGACGAGUUUUUCUACUAUCACUGGAUCGCCAGCGAGAUUACCUCUCUCGAUGGGACUGAAGUACCCAUGAUGGAGAACUUCAGCCUCCCUUUCGAGAUCAACCCCGAGACAGCAGGUCUAAUCGGUGUCUCGGAUGGCUUAUUCGGUUUCAUCUCGAAAAUCAGCAAUCUGAGAAGAAAGCUUCGCACGCGCAUCGACGAGAAGAUAGAGCCGACCAUGGACUAUGAGGCGUUGCUCACUGCGCACGCAAUCGACACAGGCCUACGCGGCUGGGUCUGUCCUCAAACGCCUGGUACCCCGCGCUACACUCUGUCUAUGCUAUACCGUCAAGCUACCUGGGUGUACCUAUACCGGACGACGAAGAAGUCCAAGCCAGACCCCUACAUCAGGUCCGCUGUCGACGACGGGAUCAAGUACAUCAAUGAGCUACCCGCCGAGGGCUGGAUCCAGAGUAACGUUCUGCUCCCACUCUUCCUGAUGGGUUGCGCUGCAUUUGAGGAAGACCAGCGCUUCGAGAUCAACAGGGCUUUCAACGGCUUGAUGGCGGUCACAGGUCUGGGCAACAUCACCUCUGCAAAGGAGGUCGUCGACAGAAUAUGGCACCUCAUGGACAUCGAGGAUGCUGACUCCUGGGACUGGGAGAAAAUUAUCCACCAGAAAGGUUGGGACUUCCUCGCAACAUGA